UAGCAAUAGCACGUGCGAUACCAUGUAUGGAAAUUGUUCACGUUGUAUUGCAGGGUAUUACAGCAACACAUGUAGGGAAGAGUGUCCAGCUAACUGUACUGAUGGCCUUUGUACCAUGGAUACUGGGAUCUGUUAUGCGUGCGUACCUGGCUACCAUGGAAACAAAUGCUCAGAGAAGUGUGGACACUGUAAAGGUGGAAGUUGUGACAAAGACACCGGGAAAUGUAUGACACUGUGUGAAGAUGGAUAUGCUGGCGACAAAUGUGACGUCGAAGUUAUAUAUAGAUAUAUAUCAAGGACUGGAAACAGCUGCGGACACACCACACUCUCGGUCGGGCUAGGAUGUGGAGUUGCCAUCCUAGCUCUUUUACUUGUGAUAAUUGUACAGGCGAAACGAAAACAUUCACAGCGCCAGACAGACGAUUGCCCCAUAGCAAACGUGGGCCUCAAGGAUAUUGAGAAGUUUCUUCAACCAGAAACAGUCGAUAUCCAGGAUGUCUUGGUUCCAUUGUAGAAGACUGCUACACCGCCACGAUGUUUUAUCUCGAAAUGUCAACUAUCAAAUUGAAAGAAU